AUGUAGCUACUCACAGAAGCCCAUCCAUCCUCUUACAUGUAGAUCCCCACCUGUGUGUGUGUGUGUGUGCGAGAACCUGCAACCGUUGGUUGCAUACAAAUGAAUGCGCCACUACUGAUGUAAUUACGGCAUUUGAACGCAGUGGGAGGGGUCAGAGAGACCGACAUCUCUUUGCAUUGUCACUAGGGCUCAAGGCACAGUGCACAAGGGAUUUAUUUAUACGGUUCAUUUGCCACGAACAGGACUCCAAGCCUCCUCCCUUACCCAAAUCAUUGCAGACAAAAUCGCAGAAAGAUAGCUGCCCCAUCUCGCCAGGUGUAACCAGGAGGUUUUCCUCAUCAGUCCUCUGAUUCCUACCAUCGUGUUCAGAAGUGGUUAAGUCCAUCAGCAACUCAUCAGUGUCUAGUUGUCAUGGCAGACAGUCGGCAGCCCGAGGACAACAGCUCCUCUCACUGGGCUCCUCCCACUAACGGAGCCCAGGACCAGUCAGCUGCCCUCGCUGGCCACGGAGAGAACGGCUUCUCCUCUUACAGAGAGAACGGCUAUCACGGAGGACACGCUGCAACAGCAGAGCAAGUGUCAGCCCGUAUAGUUGAGAAGGUGACAGCAGAGGCGGUGGCCGUGCUCAAGCAGGAGCAGGACAAGCAGGACUCGACUAGGAGACUGUCCUCAGUGGAGGACUCUGCCAACCUGCCUCCCUCCCCUCCCCCCUCUCCGUCGGCAGAGCAGAUCGGACCUAUGGAGCAAGGGGAGAGACUAGAGGUUGUCCCUACUCCCCCUGAGGAGGAGGAGGAGGAGGAGAAGGAGGUGGAGGUUACCCAAGUCUCAGCAGCUCCUGAGGAGGAGUACCCAGGUCAACAGGGGGAGGAUUCUGAUCAGCAGCCGACAGACAUUCUCUUAGAGCAUGUUGAUAUUGUAAGCGAGCCCCAGGCUUUGCCCUGUCCGCAGGCCGAGACUCAUAAAGUCCUCAACGGGGGAGGAAUCCACCAGGCUGAGUUGGAUAAACCAUCAGAGGAAGCAGCACAGACCGCUGCAGAUUUACUUCCAGACCUGUCGGUGAACCCAGAGAAGCCUCGUUCCGACAAUCCUGCCAUGGCAGAGGAGCAUCCACAGGGGGCUCCCCCUCCGCAGAGCCCGGUGGCCCCCACCACAGAGAGAGAAACACCUGAGGGAGCAGAGAGCACUGUGUCCAUCGCUGACUCCUCCACUGGUUCCCCCCAAAACAAAUCUCGAACAGAUCCUACCCCCACAGAACCCGAGAAGACGGUUCAGCCUUUAGUGGAACCAGAAAAGGGGCAAGGGACUGGAAGUACCACUAGUGUGGUUCCUGAGAUAGAAUACCUUCCGGAACCCAAGACCACGGCUGAGAAACAGCCCUCGGUUGAAGAGCUUGACUCAGUUCCUCUUUCAGUUGUAUAUGAGCCCCUGAAAGAUUACAUUGAGGAAGAGGAGGAAAAUGAUGAUUACGUUACACCCAGUAAGUCAGCAAACCUUGAGAGCGUUCGUGAGGAGAAAGAGAUCAAAUCAGAGAAAACUGAGAAAAGAAUGCUGAGUCUAGGACAAUCGACCGCCAGGCCAUUGUCAUUUGAGACUGAGAAGAUUGAAGAGACUCCUCAAAGUAAGGUCAGUGACGGAGAAAAGCCAAAGCAGGAGGCACACAUAUCUGCUGCAGACAGUCUAAAAGACAAGCAGAGUUCGGAAGAUAAGUCUGGAGUUGCUUCAAAAGAUGAGUCCGGUAUGACGGCCUACUUUGAGACCUCUACACAAAGGGAUACUGAAAAACCAGGAGAACGUGGUGAGGGUUACUAUGAGCUCAGUGCUGUCAGCCAGAAGAAGCCCUCAGAGGAGGUUCUGGGGGCCGAUUCAAACAUUAAAAUAAGUCAUUCAGCACCAGAACAGACAAAAUCCAGCAUAACGUUGAUGAGUGACAGUGCCAUGGACAAGCUAGAGGAUCUCCCUAAGAGGAAGGAUGUGUGUACUAGGCUGUCACCUGGCAAAUUGUCAUUGGAACACAGAAGUCUUUCCCUGAAUUUUGCUAUUGGCUCAAUGGGUCAAGCAGGAGAGCAAAACCAGUCGAAGCUCUCAUCUCUUACAGAGGUCUCUUCCGGAAGCCUGGAUGAAACCACAGGCUACCUUCCUGUAACCACCCCAUUAGUAACAUUAGAGAGACAGUUACUUCCUGUGACUCCAGAGAUAGCUCUCCCAGUCCCUACCACUGAAACCUCCACUGAUCUACCUGAAGACACCACCUCUAAGACAAUGUGUGCUCCAGAGUUGUCACUCUCACCCAUGAAGCAACACUACACCCAUUUGAACGACCCAUCCAACGACCUUCCUGAGAUGCUGGACCUAGCCGGUGUUAAGCCCAAACCCACCCUGGAGAAGAGGGAGCUGGACCAGCAUAAUAGAAGGAGGUCUGUCCCUGCCUGUCCAUCUGCUGCUCUGGUGGGCAGUUCUCUGGCCAAGCUGGUGCUGGGGAACCAGCAGACGCCCAGGGUGGUGGGUGGAGAGGAGAGCCAGCAGGAGGAGCGUGGUUACUGCGUGUUUAGUGAGUACUCUGGUCCCAUGCCCUCGCCUGCCGAUCUGCACAGCCCAGUGGGCUCCCCACACCAACGGUUCCCCACAGUGACUGAAGGGGACAGUGACGAGGAACUGGGAGCCAUUGCGGAAGAGGGCGAGCAAAAGCUGGCACCGCAAAAAACAAACCAGGCAGAGGAAUCGGUUGGAGGAACGGUUAAGCCAACUUUGGUGCUUGAAAGAGCUGUCACGGCAGGUGUCAAACCGGAUCGUCUGAGGAUCCCUGUGGCUCCAUCCAAAGACAAAUUGACAGAGUUCCGUCUGGAGAGCGGUCUUCCUGGGGACAUCAAAACCCAAGCCAUUCCUGAGGUAGAGUUGGAGCAGGACCUCUCCAGAGAAGCGUCCCCCAUCCCACCAGACUUCGCAUUUACUUUUGCCACUGAGGUGAAGGACGCCAAGCUUUUUGCGACCCCUGAGUCUCCAGCAAAAAAGGCUGCCACUGUGGAGGGAACCAAAGUUGAGGAAGCCACAGCAGAAGUCAAAGUAGAGGUGAUGUCAGCAAGGAUUGGGAAGAGUCAGAAGACUGGUCUUAAAAAGCCAGAGAUGGAGAAAGUGGAGGAGAACUCAGACCCAGACCAUCAGAAUGCUGUUGAAGACUUACAGCCAAAGGAUGUUCGAGGACUGGAGAGAGAAAAGAAAAAAGAACCCAUGACAUCAUCACCAGAAUCAUUAGUGGAGAUCAUCAAUGCGCAGGAGAAGAAGCGUGAAAGUGAACCAGAGGUGUCAACAGUACCAGCGGAGGCUGUCGUUCCAAAAGAAGAGGCCAAGACCAAAGCUGAAGAAACAUCACCAACACCCUCUAACGUGAGCACUGCAGAUGUGGAGGAAGCCACAGAGCAACUAGAAGAGAAAAGUCCAGAGAAAAGUGUUUCUGGAAGUUCUCCAAUUAUAGUCAUACCUCAGGCACAAGUUGAGGAAGAGGAGGAGGAAGACGAUAUAGAAGUAGCUGAGGAAGUCUUGGAGGAAGUUGAAGUCCCUCCUGUGCUCCUCAAGGAGAAAGAGCAAGAGAGUCACCCUGUGGAGAAGCAGGAGGAGGUGGCAGAAGAGGUGAGGGUGGUGGGUGGGGCGGAGGAGGUGAUUGUUGAAAAUCCUAAAGAUUUGGAGUCUGCUGUUGCUGGGGAUGACGAAUCAUGUGAUGCUACUGCCCCAACCAUUGAUGAAGGGGAUUAUGCCGAUCGCAUCUCUCAUCUAUCUGCCUGCUCUGAAAAUGGAAAGGAGGCAGAGAAAGAGGAGAAUAAAGUGGAGGAUAAAGAAGGGGUGGUGCUGCAGGAGGAGGAGGAGUCCGCUGAAGUGGGGCAGGAAGUUGAGAUGAAGGCUUCCAGUCGCGAGGAGACGGAGACCUCAGACGUACUGCAGAGCCAGACCAACGAGACCACCGCUCACGACGAGACCACCAUGGACAUCUCCAUGUUAGACAGCGAGAGUGGCUGGAUGGACUCACAAGAUGAUGACAGAAGCGUAAUGACAGAGCAGAUUGAAGCUCUGCCUAAAACACAGAGUCCUGUCAAGACUCCCCUGGUAGAGAGACCCUCUAAUAAACGUCCCCCCGGCAGAGGACAUGGGCGCGUCUCCACCCCCGAGCGCAAACUCAACCGCAGAGAGCCCCUCAGUCGUCGUCCAAAGGAGGAAGAGAAGAAGAAAAAAGCGGGGACGAAGAGAACUGAACAGUGUAAGGUAUCAGUCCUCCAGUGUCGCUCUCCCACUCGGAGGAUUGUAGUCAAAGCUGCUACGUUCAGACAAGCUAGACCUGCUUCGCACCACGGCUCUGCUAGACGCAAGCCACCAGCCGUGGAGGACCGGCAGCCUCUUAAUGUGGCCCACCAAUCCCGGGAAAGGACCUCUGAGGGUACCUAUCGGACCCCAGAAAAGAGGUCCUCUCUGCCCAGGCCUGCAUCCUCCCUGCCCCGCCGUGCCCCCCCAGCAGAGCACGACAACACCAGCCCUGCCCCCCGCAGGCCCACCUCAAUUCAAACUGAGCCCAGAGAGGAGCACAGGUCUGGAAGGUCACCUAAUAUCGCAGUCGGCACAAACUCAUCGGCCCGUUCCCGUUCGGCCCGGAGCGGAGCCUCCACGCCCCACACCCCCGGCUCCACAGCAGUCACCCCAGGAACACCACCCAGCUACUCUUGCCGCACCCCUGGGAGUCGCACCCCCAGCAGCCACACACCCAAGUCUCUCAGCCUCCUCACUCAGGAGAAGAAGUUUGCUGUGAUCCGCACACCGCCCAAGUCGCCCUCCACCACACCCAAGCAGCUGCGCGUCCUCAACCAGCCCCUGCCCGACCUGAAGAACAUCAAGUCCAAGAUCGGCUCCACAGACAACAUGAAGUACCAGCCCAAAGGUGGACAGGUCUUCAUUCCAAGUGUUAAACUGGACUUUAGCCAUGUCCAGUCUAAGUGUGGCUCCCUGGACAAAAUCCAGUACGCACCCACCGGGGGAAACGUCCACAUCACCACCAAGAAGAUAGACCUGAGCCACAUCACCUCUAAAUGUGGAUCAAUGUCCAACAUCCGUCACCGGCCAGGGGGUGGUAACGUGCGUAUUGAGAGUGUGAAGCUGGACUUCAAGGACAAGGCCGAGGCCAAAGUGGGCUCACUGGCCAACGCCAGUCACACCCCUGGCGGAGGACAAAUCAUGAUCGAGAGCCACAAGCUGACGUUCCGUGACACGGCCAAGGCGCGCGUGGACCACGGUGCAGACGUUAUCACCCUGUCCCCAGGUGGCACGGGGGGCACAUCCCCCCACCGUCUCAGCAACGUGUCAUCCACGGGCAGCCUCAACCUCCUGGACUGCCCCCAGCUGUCCACACUGGCCCAGGACGUCACCAUGGCCCUGGCCAAGCAAGGCUUAUGAGUCUCCUGCCUCCUCCAUCGCCCCUGGUUCCCUGUCCUCCAUCUUCCCCUGGACCUCCUGGAUCCCUUGGACCCCCUGGUCUUAACAUCCCCCUUUAACAUUUCUCCGUCGGCCCUCCACUGCAACAACCAGUCCCCCAAGAUAAGAAACCAGACGACUGUGAUCAGAGUAUCAGAGUCCAUCUUCCAUCAUUCCAGUCCCCCUCUCGCUCCUCCAUAGGAAAACAUGCCAUUUAAACUACCACCACCAGGGGGAUUUUAAUGACUGACUCUAGGAUGUAUGUUCUUCUUCUUUCUGUUCUAAGGGAUGUGCCCGACUCUGCUAGGGUGUGUUGUGUUGUUCUUUUGGCUUUUCAUUCCAUGUUGAACUUUCUUUGGGACAGUACUGUAGAUGGCCAGUGUGCUAACUAGCUAAGGCAUUGAAACAGGUACAGGGAUAGUGUUGAUAGGGUAUUAUCGGUUAUCUAAGACUUUACAGUGAUUCUUAUUGUGUGGCAAUGAUCUCAAAGACAUUCCAUUUGACCUAGGAUAUUAAGCGGCCCAGCCUGGUUUCAUUCCCAACAUACACUAUAUAUACAAAAGUAUGUGGACACCCCUUCAAGUUAGUGGAUUCGGCUAUUUCAGUCAUACCCAUUGCUGACAGGUGUAUAAAAUUGAGCACACAGCCAUGCAAUCUCCAUAGACAAACAUUGGCAGUAGAAUGGCCUUACUGAAGAGCUUAGUGUCUUAUGGCAUGGCACCGUCAUAGGAUGCCACCUUUCCAACAAGUCAGUUUGUCAAAUUUCUGCAAUGCCAGAGCUGUCCCGGGCAAUUGUAAGCACUGUUAUUGUAAAGUGGAAACGUCUAGGAGCAACAACGUCUCAGCCGCGAAGUGGUAGACCACACAAGCGCACAGAACGGGACCACCAAGUGCUGAAGAGUGUAGCGUCUUAAAAUCGUCUGUCCUCAGUUGCAACACUCACUACCGAGUUCCAAACUGCCUCUGGGAGCAACUUCAGCACAAGAACUGUUCGUCGGGGGCUUCAUGAAAUGGGUUUCCAUGGCCGAGCAACCGCACACAGGCCUAAGAUCACCAUGCUCAAUGCCAAGAGUCUGCUGGAGUGGUGUAAUACUCGCCGCCAUUGGACUCUGGAGCAGUGGAAAUGUGUUCUCUGGAGUGAUGAAUCACGCUUCAUCAUCUGGCAGUCCGAUGGACUAAUCUGGGUUUGGCGGAUGCCAGGAGAACGCUACCUUCCCCGAUGCACAGUGCCAACAGUAAAGUUUGGUGGAUAAUGGUCUGGGGCUGUUUUUCAUGGUUCGGGCUAGGCCCCUUAGUUUCAGUGAAGGGAAAUCAUGACACUACAGUAUACAAUGACAUUCUAGACAAUUCUGUGUCCAACUUUGUGGCAAGAGUUUGGGGAAGGCCCUUUCCCGUUUCAGCAUGACAAUGCCCCUGUGCACAAAGCGAGGUCCAUACAGAAAUGGUUUGUUGAGAUCGGUGUGGAAGAACUUGACUGGUCUGCACAAAGCCCUGACCUCAACCCCAUCGAACAACUUUGGGAUGGAUUGGAACGCCAACUGCGAGCCAGGCCUAAUCGCCAACAUCAGUGCCCGACCUCACUAAUGCUCAUGGCCGAAUGGAAGAAAGUCCCUGCAGCAAUGUACCAACAUCUAGUGGAAAGCCUUCCCAGAAGAGUGGAUGGCUGUUAUAGCAGCAAAGGGGGGACCACAUCUAGAUUUGGGUAUGUCAUUUUAGGUGAACAUUUCAAAAAAGAGGUCAAUGCCCAUGAUUUUGGAAUGAGAUGUUCGAUGAGCAGCUGUCCACAUACUUUUGAUCAUGCAGUGUAUAUGAUCCAGUAUCCCAGGUCCUGUAUGUGUCUCGUAGACAGGAGGCUGUUACGUUUGUGAACAACAAUUAAUCUACAACACAAUUCAAUACAAAACGUUACAACUGUAAUGGUAAGAAAUGGCUGUUCAGACAAGCUUGUUUCAAUUCAUUGGCAGGAAAUGUGAUGUUUUCUAUUAGAAUUGAUUUUGUUUUAGUCAUGUGACUAUAUGACUUCAUGAUGUCAUUUGCUGAAUUAUUGGACAAAAUGUGGUUUUGUUUAGUUUUUUAAAAUCUCAUUAAUAGUGCAAAUGGUAGUGUUGAUGUCACGGUGGCUGAACUAGCACAUGCUGUGGCUACACAUUGCAGUUAUGUCAAAUUACAAUGCUAUAAAAUCCUAGCUUUCCAAUAGACCUCUUCCACAAGCCAUCAGGCUGCUUUUCUGCUUCAGUGAUGUGAACAUUCAUUUUACAUACAGUAGCUCUGUGAUUUUCACGAAACAGUCGCUAUUAUGCUGAUGUGACAAAAGCCAGUGAGUGACCUAAUAGCACAGAGUUAUAGACAUAAAGGAUCUAGAGAGUGAACACUGUAGCUAGGGACUAUACUGUGUCUAUUCAGUGUACACAGACUAUAACCGCUUUGUACCAGCCUUAGACUAACACGUUUGCUUCCAAUAAGCCUUUCUCCUACGUUUAGAGUAGCAAGAACAUGGACCUUGAAUGAGCUAAGGGCCUGCAGUCGCUUGUGUAACUACGCAGAAAGUGUCUGAAGCUUUAUAUUUAAAUAAACAUUCCAUGAAAAUAGCAGCUAUGGUGUACACUGUGAAAAUGUCCCGGUCGGAUCGUACGAACGGGACUUUCUAAGGAAAGGAGGUUCAAGUAAUGAAGGGAUGUAGUGGAAUGAAAAGGAAGUCGUUCUCAACUUGUACGUGUUUGAUAAAAACGUUCUAGCUUAUUUUUAUCUGUCGCCGUUUGUGAUACCCUCCCUCCCAUCCCCAAUUUACACAUGUUGGUUACCCUUCAGUAUUUUUCUCAAACCCGUUCCUCCCUCUUCCUCCCACAACCCUUUGCCUGUUUAAGUGUAUUUAAAGAGACCAUGUAGAUGUGCACACUUUACAAUGUUUGAAACAAUGCUGUUGACAAAACACAGAAUAAUAAAAACAGGAAUAAAAUAAUAAAAUGAAUUAAAUACA